GCGGGCAAGCCGGCGUUUAGCAGUGCAGUGCGACGAACAAGUGGGAAUGACGAGGCGGAGGUGGAGAAGAGUUUAGGGCGAUGAGCCUAGGAGAUGGAGAGGGAGAGGGUGAAGGGGCCAGAGCGCGGGAACUGGGGCAUAAAGGGUAAAAGGCCAAAUGGUGUAAGACAUAGUGGGGGGAAAAGGGAGAUUGUAAUGUUUAUUUUGCAUCGAUGCGCGGGAGUUGGAUUUCUACACGUUUGUGUUUUGAUUUACUAUACAGGGAGCAUUGGAAGAUUCAAGUUCUUUCCUAGGCGUUUACCGGAAGAAUGUUAUAUGGUCUGUCGAACUGCGGUAAGGGCUGCUGUCAGUGUCGUUGUAUAUAUAGAUUAAGGUAGGUAAGAUAUAUCUUUAGUCGUCUACCGUUGUGUAGUAUUGUAUAGUACGUUCAUGUUGACCAAUGCUUCAUUAGAGAGAAGCUAGGAUAAGUCUACUCGCAUUGGGCUUU